AUGGAUUGUGGAAAGGGCUUCAGUCAGAAUGGACACUUAAGUUUACAUCAGCGGACUCACACAGGGGAGAAGCCAUUUAAAUGUAUGGAAUGUGGAAAAAGCUUCAGUCAGAGAGGACACCUCAAUAUACAUCAACAGACUCACACAGGGGGAAAACUAUUUAAAUGUAUGGAAUGUGGAAAAAGCUUCAGUCAGAGAGGACACCUCAAUAUACAUCAACAGACUCACACAGGGGAGAAACCAUUUGAAUGCCUGGAGUGCGGAAAGAGCUUCAGUCAGAAUGGAGACCUUAAAUUACACCAGCGGACUCACACAGGGGAGAAAUCAUUUAAAUGCACGGAGUGUGGAAAGUGCUUUAGUCAGAAUGGAGAACUUAAAUUACACCAGCGGAUUCACACAGGGGAGAAACCAUAUAAAUGUAUGGAGUGUGGAAACAGCUUCAGUAAGAGUGGACACCUCAAUAUGCAUCAACGGACUCACACAGGGGAGAAACCAUUUAAAUGCACGGAGUGCGGAAAGAGCUUCAGUCAGAAUGGAAACCUCAAUAUACAUCAACGGACUCACACAGGGGAAAAGCCAUUUAAAUAUAUGGAGUGCGGAAAGAGCUUCAAUUUCAAUGCAAACCUUAGAACACAUCAACUGAGUCACACAGGGGAGAAACCAUUUAAAUGCAUGGAGUGUGGAAAGAACUUCAGUCAGAAUCGAAAUCUUAGAAAACAUCAGCAGACACACAGGGGGCAAACUGUUUAAAAGUAUGGACUGUGGAAGGCGCUGCAGUCAGAGUGGAACCCUUGAUUUAUUUGAACAAACUCACACAAUACACAUACCAUAUAAAUAUCAGGAAAGGCGAUACAGGUUCAGUCCUAGUGGAAGUCCUAUAUCAACAGACUCAUGAACAGGAAGAACUUUAGGAGUUGAAACCCUACAAACCAUCAACAAACUCAAAGAGGAGAAGCAGUUUAAAUGAAAAGAUUGCAAAAAGUGCUUUAUUUACAAUGGAGUGUUUAAGGAACAUCCAGGGACUCUCACAAGGAAGAACCCAUUUAUAUGUAUGGAGUGCAGGACGUGUUCCUUUCAGUGUCCACUCAUUUCUUCACAGAACUGAACUCAGCAGGAAAUCAGUCUUUAACACAUGCUGUGUAUGUGAAGUUCUGGUAUUUAUGUGGUAAACUCUAUAGUAAUGAAAUAUUGAAGGCAAUGUCAAACUAUGUGAUUAUAAUCUAAGAUGUAAAGUACCUUUCGGUAGAGAAAGGGUGAGGGUUUAUCUGGAUUUCUUGGUGGUCAGUGAGGAUUAGGGCUGGGCGAUAUAUUGUCCCAUACUGGUUUCUAGACCACAUCGUGAUAACCUUUCAAAAACAAUUGAUAUGGCAACACACCACAGAUCACAGUGUGUGUUUCUGGGAUGCCCAUUUGCCUAGAAGCUGCCGGCAGAAGGCUUUGCUUUGUGAAGCCCCUGCAGAUGUCGAGUUGCUGACUUCCCUCCCAGACGACAGGAAGCGAAAGACACAGGGGGGAAAGAGCCCCCUCCCAAAAUUGCCUGCUUCUCCCGCAAGUGGAGCUUCUGCGCCGGAUUGCUGCUCUGCCCCGCAGCUCUAGGGGUGCGCGCUUUCGGAAAGGGGAGGAGGGGCGGCAGGUAAACCCCCACCCACCCAUGUGGAUGUUGCAGGAAGGGAAAGGAGAAUCGCGAGCGAGGACAAAGAGGUAAAGGGGUCGCGGGGGGAGGCGAAAGAAGGACCCAGAACCCCCCUCCAGCUCCCAAAAUCCCCUUUCGUGGAUCUGGAUCCCUGCAUGCGUGCUGCGAAGGGGGUUUUCCUUGGACCCUUAGGAAGCGCACCCAGGGGAUCCCAACGAAGCCCCCUCGCCCCAUUUCCCCGCACAGGCAUCCCUGGGACUCUGUGGGUCCCGCGCGGAGAGAGGUGGGCCAUGAAAGGGUUAACGGGAGUGAGGGACGCGUGGAUAGAGACCCCCCCUGUCCUCCUCUGCUCGUCUUAGUGGUCCCCUCCGGGCGGAGAGGUGGGAUUAACUUGGCUUGGAAACAGGUCAGGGAGGACAAUGGGUGGCCAGCCGGGGGUGGGGCAAAGGCCAAAGAAAAGAGGCCGACCCCUUUGUCCAAGCCUCUUUUGGUUUUCUUCCUUCCAGAAUCAGGAUCCUCAGGAGUGUGUCCUGGCGGCUGAAUUAAGGUAAGGUCUGGCCUGAUUGGAAGGGGCAUGGCCCCACCCACCGGGCUAGGCUACAAUUUUGCAGCUUUUCUUUCUGGGCGGGGGGCCAGCUAGGCCGCAGGGGGUGGCCUUCUUGUUUUUUUUGUAGUGGUGGGGCGGGGAGGCAUGGCUCCCUCGCCACCGCCAUCCGCCGCCCUCCAAUUGAAGGCUGCAUGGGCGGCCGUUUCUUUCUUGUUGGGGGGGGCAUAGGUCAGGCCACAUGGUGGUCAUGUUGGUUUGCACUCCCCCCCCCCCGUUCCGCUCUGGCUACUGACGCACUUCUGCUCCUAGCAGUGAAAUGUAAAUGUCUCUUUUGUUACACUCGAUGGGUGUUUGGUGGAGGGCAAGGGGAACUAUGGGGCAGGGUCCAGGAUGCUCAGAUUACUGCCACCAGAUCUUCCCUUUCAUGAUGUAACCAUGAUGUAGUUUGGGGGGGGGUGUAACAUUGGGAUUAGCAGUGAAAUAAAUAAAUUAAGGUCUUAUGUAUAUAAUGAAGGUUCAUAAAUGUACCAGGCAAACAUGUACAUAGAUAUAUAGGCCCCAUGUCUGAACCUGCACAGGAGAGCAGCCAUGGAGCCAUUUUGACUCCCAGGCUGACCAGGUGUUUUCUCUGCAAGGUCAAAUGGAGCAGCCUCCCUUCACAAAUCCUGUCUUAAGGGUAUAUCUGUGUAUGAAUAGGGUGAGCCUGUGAUCUGGCUCAGGAACUAAGGACUUAUCAUUACAAAAGACUGGCCAGGCUCCCAGGGUAUCAAUCAAGUAAGCAUUAACAGGUAACUUGCCAGACAGGGGGUAAACAACCCCCUCAGAUUUCUGCUUUAGCCCGCCCUUUCUGUGAUGUAGGUAUGAUGUUUCUGGGGGUGGUCUUGGACUCCAAGGUGGGCAAUUUAAAAUGUCUAUAUAAGGGCGGACACAUCUUGGUUCUGGGUCCUCCUCCUUCUCCUAUGUGUGAAGGGGGCACCCUGUUGCAACAGUUCAGUAAAGAUCAGGCUUACAAGCUGCUUUGCUUCUCAAUAUUCUCUGGUUGACCUCUGUUUUUUCCUCUGACCGAUGGAGAACCUACAAAGGACUCUAUGAGGGCUCUUGUGUCCUGCAUAAGGGAAUAAUGGCAGAUUUUCAUUUAUUGCAGCAGCUAAUAAAAGUUUGGGUUCUCUUUUGCUCGGGGCUUCCAUCUUGUUCCACCAGGAGUCUUCAAUAAAGACCAAGCCUACUGGCUACUGUUUUGCUCUGGUAUUCCUGGCUGGUGUCCUUGUUUUUUGUCCAGGGGGGUCCUCAGAUUUCUCCUUUAACAAGACACACCUUCUUUCCUGCAAGCUCCACCCAAUUCCCACCCCAUAAGCCCCAUACCUGUCCAGAUAAUAAUAGUAAUAAUAAUAAUAAUAAUAAUAAUAAUAAUAAUAAUAAUUUAUAUCCCGCCCUUCCCAGCCGAAGCUGGACUCAGAGCGGCUUACAACAAUAAAAGUAACACAGUUUACAUAAAAUCACAAGCAAUUAAUUAAAAUGCAUUCUAAAAUCAAUUUGUUCUAAUAUCAAUUGAAAAUCAAAUUAAUGGCAGAUACAGCGGUUCUGCCAAGUCCAACCAUUGGUCCCCCUGGAGAGGAGAGGAAAAUCCCGAGAGAAAGUGGGGGGGGGGGGCUUCUCAGAAGUGGCUCUUUGUUUCUGCAAUCCCACCCAGGAAGCAGCCAGAAACCUUUUCCUCUCUCUCAGGCUUCCAUCUUUAAGUGUCUUUUCCACUGCCUGGUUCAUUGAGGAUGAGGAUAAUGUACACCUCUCAUCAGAAACAGGGGUGCAGAGUCCAUGGAACAGCUCUCAGGCUUGAUAUAGAAGUUGCACCUCAAAAGCAUUUCUGUUCCUCUUAUUCUUUGAAGGCAGUGUCAGAGUGACUGA